CCCCGGCGGCGCCAUCUUUGUGCCUGGCGAGCGACGGCGCUCGAUGCGAACCCUGAAGCCGGAGGUUCGCUUGCCAAGCUCUCGCCGAGACCGGAUCCAGGAAACACGAGGCGGGUCUCGGUGGGAGGGACGCAUUGAAGGAGGAGGGAGGAAAGGGGGCGGCGGCGGCGGCGGCUGCUCCUCCUCUCACCGGACCCGGGCCCCGCGCAGCGCGCACCCAAGGGGGGGUCGGGCGGAGAAGCGACGCCGGGGCCGGACCCCCGUGGGAGCUGGCGACUGGCGUGAGGGCAAGGCGGCGGCAGCGGCGGACGGGGAGCAGCGGCUGCGGGAUCCCACCAGGGCCCUGUAUUACAGUUAAUCGUCACGUCUCCUUAGGCUCCUCUUGACUGUGACAGUUUCUCAGACUUCCCUUGUUUUGAUGACCUUGGCAGUUUUGAGGAGAAUUUGAUCAGAAAAUGACUGCAGUAUUGGAAGAUCAUUACUAUUGGAAGACCGAUUAGCAUCCAUUUCAUAAGAGAAACUUGACCACCAUUUGCUCUGGCAUGGCGCAAAACAGUCCACAGCUUGAUAUGCAGGUUCUCCAUGACCUCCGACAACGUUUCCCUGAGAUUCCGGAGGGUGUGGUGUCUCAGUGCAUGUUACAGAACAACAACAAUCUUGAAGCCUGUUGCCGCGCGCUCUCCCAGGAGAGUAGCAAAUACUUAUAUAUGGAAUACCACAGUCCAGAUGACAACAGGAUGAAUAGAAAUCGCCUUUUGCAUAUUAACCUGGGUAUUCAUUCUCCUAGUAGCUACCACCCAGGAGAUGGAGUGCAACUUAACGGUGGUCGAACACUGGUACAUAGCUCAAGCGAUGGACAUAUUGAUCCACAGCAUGCAGCAGGCAAACAGCUGAUAUGUUUAGUUCAGGAACCACACUCAGCUCCAGCUGUUGUCGCUGCUACUCCCAACUACAAUCCAUUUUUUAUGAAUGAACAGAACAGAAGUGCAGCUACUCCUCCUUCACAGCCACCUCAACAGCCAUCUUCCAUUCAAACAGGAAUGAAUCCAUCUGCUAUGCAAGGGCCUUCACCACCACCACCGCCACCUCCUUCAUACAUGCACAUACCUCGGUAUAGUACAAAUCCAAUUACUGUUACAGUAUCCCAGAACCUCCCUUCUGGACAGACUGUACCAAGAGCUUUACAAAUUCUUCCACAAAUUCCAAGCAAUCUUUAUGGGUCUCCUGGUUCUAUCUAUAUUAGACAGACAUCUCAGAGUUCAUCAGGAAGACAAACUCCUCAGAGUACGCCAUGGCAGUCCUCACCACAGGGCCCAGUGCCUCAUUAUAGCCAGCGUCCUUUACCUGUUUAUCCGCAUCAACAGAACUAUCAACCUUCUCAGUAUUCUCCCAAACAACAGCAGAUCCCUCAACCUGCUUACCAUUCACCACCACCUUCUCAAUGUCCUUCACCCUUCAGCUCUCCACAGCAUCAAGUACAGCCAUCCCAGUUGGGCCACCCUAGUUCCCAUGUCUUUAUGCCACCUAGUCCUUCAACUACUCCACCCCAUCCAUAUCAACAAGGACCUCCUAGCUAUCAGAAACAGGGAAGUCAUUCAGUAGCCUAUCUCCCAUAUACACCAUCUAGCUUACCCAAAGGAUCCAUGAAGAAGAUAGAAAUUACAGUCGAACCCUCUCAGAGAUCUGGGACAGCAAUUAAUAGGAGUCCUUCACCUAUCAGUAAUCAGCCAUCUCCACGGAAUCAGCACUCAUUGUACACAGCCACCACGCCACCUUCAAGUUCUCCUUCAAGAGGGAUAUCCAGUCAACCAAAACCUCCAUUUAGUGUCAAUCCUGUGUAUAUUACAUAUACACAGCCAACUGGACCUUCUUGCGCUCCAUCACCAUCUCCUCGGAUGAUACCAAACCCAACUACAGUUUUUAAAAUUACUGUAGGCCGAGCAACAACUGAAAAUCUUUUAAAUUUAGUGGACCAAGAAGAACGUUCUGCAGCCCCAGAACCUAUUCAGCCCAUUUCAGUGAUACCAGGCUCUGGGGGAGAAAAGGGAAGCCAUAAAUAUCAGAGAAGUUCUAGUUCUGGAUCAGAUGACUACGCCUAUACACAAGCCUUGCUGUUACAUCAGCGAGCAAGGAUGGAGAGGUUAGCAAAGCAAUUGAAACUUGAGAAAGAGGAGCUAGAGCAAUUGAAGGCUGAAGUUAACAGUAUGGAGCAUGACCUGAUGCAGAGACGGCUCAGAAGGGUCAGCUGCACCACUGCGAUCCCAACGCCUGAGGAAAUGACAAGAUUGAGAAGCAUGAACAGACAACUCCAGAUAAAUGUUGACUGUACACUGAAAGAAGUUGACCUCCUUCAAUCUAGAGGUAACUUUGAUCCAAAAGCUAUGAAUAAUUUUUAUGACAACAUAGAACCUGGUCCAGUUGUACCACCCAAGCCACCUAAAAAAGACUCAUCAGACACCUGCACAGUUGAGAGGAAAGCCCGAAGAAUUAGCGUGACCUCCAGAGUACAGGAGGACAUCCAUGACACCCAGGCAGCAGCUGCAGAUGAGCAUCCAAGUAGCUCCAAACAGAGUCCUCGGACACAACCCCGAGAUGAAGACUAUGAAGGGGCUCCAUGGAAUUGUGAUAGCUGCACCUUUCUGAACCACCCCGCACUAAAUCGCUGUGAGCAGUGUGAGAUGCCACGGUACACUUGAAUUCCCAAGAGUCUGCACUAGGUUGAGAGUGAAGCUUUGAGCGCCCAUUAGAAAAAAAGGAAACCUGGGGAAUCUGUUCAUCUGCCCAGCCUUUUCAUUUCAUAUAACAUGGUGGAGGGGGGGGUGACAAUGCAGCCACUUGUGCUCAAUAAAGAAAAAAUGGGGAGGGUUUUUUUUCCCCCUUUCUUAACUCAUUGCAGAGUUACAGAUAGAAAGGGAUACUUGAAAUGGGGAAAGGAUUCACUCCUGAAAGAAUGUACACAGAGAAGUCAAGAGCUCUUCUGUGCAACCCCAAUUGUUAAAGUUACUGCUGUUAAAGUUACUUAUAAAAUAAGUUACCCUUAUUUUAUAAACUAGAACUUUGAUUCAUGAUGUGACAUGUUACAGUUUAUGCAGACAAACUGUGAAUUGCCAGAGCAGACUUACCUGGUCACAAGCUCUCUGGAAAACCCAGGCUCCCCAGGCUUCUUCCUGUUGCUUCCUACUGAAGAGAAGGACAGGGAGAAGCAACCAGAGGAUGUUUUCCUGGGGGGGCAAAAUAACAAGGGUAUUUGUAAUUGCUGCUUUUUUCAGGGGUAAUUUCAAACACACAAACAAAAUGUUUUAAAAUGUGAUUUGUAGCAGUCAGGAAUUAGGCAUAUCGCGCCCUUUGUUCGAAAGUACAAUCAGAGGCAAUAAGAUCCCUUUUGCUUGUACAGUGAUUCAUCAAGCUAUACCAACACUGGUAACUAAGACCUAAUUAUGCCGCAUAAUAGAUAUAUUUUUUAAGUUACUGCAUGCUUUUAUUAGGCCACUGGUUUUUAAAAUAACCAAGUCCUUACAAAUUAUGAUUUUAUGAAUGACCUUCUCGUAAAACUGCGCUUCACCAAUAGCACAGUGAACGUAUGCUGAAUGUAAAUCCAUUCCAAAAUCCACUUGGAAUCUUGAGCUCAGCUGUGGUUCUAUAAGAAAUGUUUGCAGUCCCUAGAGCCUUUUUCCCCCUCCUUCCAAUUUGUGAUGAGUCCAUGAUGUUUACAGCACAGAUAAUACUUUGUGCCAUAAUCCUAAUUUAGCUGAAAAAAAUUAAUAUUAGUUGUUCAAUAAAGAUAUAUUUGCACAUAUGUUAACAAAAUAGUGUGAGGAACAUUAUAGUUGGCCAAUAUCAUAAAGUUGCACGCUGCGUUAUUUGGGGAGGAAGAGAAGGCUAGUCAAGAAAUAACGACUGAGAGAAAGGUGAAUACAACAGACUUUGAAACUAAGAACUUUUAAAAUGUAACAAUACUGUAUUCAGAGAUGAUACUGAGUUUGUUCAGACAGUUCAGGUGAUACUAAAGCACUCUUUAUUUAUGAAACUAGAACUUUAGGGUAUAAAUAACUGAAGACAUAAAAUCAUUUGACUUACUAAAGUGCACCACUAGAAAAUUAUUAACAGGACACUGAAUUAAGGUCUUUACCAUUGUUGACUUUUCUUCCAAGCUCAGAAUUGGAUUUUGGAAUCUUCCCCCUAUUUGGGUAAAUAUAAACAGCAAUGAAACUGGUAGGUUUCCUAAUCCUAAAGGAUUUUACCUCAGGUUAUAUAUAACCUGAGGAGUAUAUAUACUCUCCCAUACCAGCCGUCCCCCUUCUCUCCUCUCUCUCCCUCUCUCUAUCACACACACACACACACACACACACACAAGCUUCACGCUGUCACUGUGCUAAUUUAGCAGUAAUCUCUGGCAGACCUGGAAAAACAAGCUGCACUUAAUAGCAUAAUGAAACCAAAGGCAUAAUAACUUAUCAUAGCUUAUCAUCAAAAUCACAAUUUCACACUGUACCUGCAGCUUUGAAAACAUUUUUUCAUAUGUGGAAAAUGUCCUGAAGAAUAUCUACUUGUCUCACAAAGUCAGCGUGGCUAUGUACUUACACUGAUAAAACAUCUCUCAUAUAACAACUGUGGUAAAACUGUGAAAAUAAAGGUGAGAAAGCAGAUGGGCUUAAAAGCAUUGACCUGAAAACAGCAUUCACUCUUUAAAGGCUUUUGUAGUAACACUGGUGUCUGUCAGUCUCCAAUAAGUCUAUCAGUCCUACUGUCCUGUAAUAUGCCCAUGCUUUUGCCUUUGUAUGGUUUCACAUCUCUUUAGUGAUGGUCAACCCCACUUGGUAUUAAGUAACAAUUUAGGGGAAAAAUACAUAUAUUGCUUGAUGUUCUAGCUAAAGGUUUACCCAGUAUUCUUAGUGAUAAUGCUGAAGUGGCAGCAAUUAACUUGGCAGUUGUCAGUUGAGAAUGAAAGUAGCAUGUAUGAAAACCGUUUGAUGCUUUAUUAAAACCAUGUAGAUGACUUUAAAACUAUUGCAUGAACAUACAUCCAGAUUACUGAACUGUUAUCAUCAUACAGUAGAUGCAUGGUUCCAGUCCUUUGGUGAUAGAUCUAGUAAAUCAUUGUUUUCACCUGCCAGGAAAUAUGAGCAAUCAGUCUAUUUGAUAGGUGUAGAGGGUGGGGUUUGAGACAUCAGCGAUUGAUUUUUAAGGAAGUUUUGUAUAUGUUCAUUUCUGGUUGUGCACAAGUUUCAUACGCCAACAUAGGCUGUAUUCAGUUUUUAAAACAAGCAAAAUUAUUUGACACUGAUAAAUUUGAUAUAUUUAACUGUGUCCCAUAUAUAGACUACUUCUUGCCUAUGACAAGUUUGAACAAGAAUUCAGUCAACUUUCAAGAUGCCUUUUCAAAAGGAUCUGGCUGCUGAGGUGCCUAUGCUUUUAGGAUCAGUUGGUGCACUUCUUGUUUCUAGUAAAAAAAAAAAAAAAAAGGUUUUUUCUUAAAAUACAACCAGUUUGAUGUAUCUGGGAACACAGAGAGCUGACUGUACAUUUUACAUUAUUUCACUGUUUUGUAAACUGGGUUUGUAGAAAGCACCUUUGUCAUUUUGUUAAAGUACAUUGCCCCUUACAUUUUGAGGUAGUUCUUAAAAGUUUAAAGUGGUAAAAGAUGAGUCAGAAACUUUCUAAGCAUUGUAAAAUGUUUCCAAUAAUGACCUUGUUUGAGGGAGUACAGAGGCGCGCAAUUUAAAAUAAGAAGUGCGUGGUAGAAAAGGUAGUUUUAGAGCAGAUUAAUGAUGGUGGGGAAAGUGUUGCUAAUUUGUUUAUUUCCCUGAAAAAAAUGGGAGUGUGAUGAGCAGUUUAAUAAUUUUUAAGGAGCUGGUCUCAAUUUUAGUACUUAUUAUAAAAGAGAUCAAUGUUUCCUUCAGUUUUGACAUUGCUUUGUCCCAGUUAUCUAGGGGGUUCAUAUUCCAACUUUCUGUGGCAACUCGAUUUUAUAUAGUAUUUUAAAAGGUAAUUGUAAUGUUUUUGACAGUAUAAACAAAAAGCAAGAAUAUAAGGCAUAGAAAAACUGUCCUUUGAAAAUAUCAGUGAUGUACCCUGGAAUGUGAAGAUGUCCCCUUAUAGUUUAAAUUGAUUUAUAUUUUAAUAUUGUAAUCACUGUUCAGACUUUGAACGAGUCGUUACAGUGUGUGUCUGUAUAUCCGUAGAGAAAAAUGACAAAUGUAAUGUUACUUUAAAAUCAAAAUAAAUUUGGCACUGUCUGUUGCACCA